UUAGGAUCGUUGGUCAGGACCUGGUGGCACCAAGCACUCAGUCGGGAUCGCGAAGCAUCACGAGCAGCAGCAUGGGUCUCUUGGACGUCCUCAGCGCAGUCCUCCGCCCAGGAGAAGCGUCGCCUCCAAGCCUCGUCGUGACUCUGCUUGCACUGGUGUGGCUUGCGAUCUUCGCCCAUGUCGCCGUGCGCUUGAGCCUCAUUGGCGUCUACAAGUUGCACUACUACUGCACGGCUCGUGUGCCUGCCUUGACGUACCAAGGAAACGAUGUCAUGCGCCGGCUUGUAGCCGCCUGCCCGCGUCUUCGUGCCCCAUACCACCCAACCUGGUACCUCUUCAAUGGGCAUCUACAGACGCUCGCCGUUGCGGCCGAGAACGACGAGCCGCGCGUCGAGUACCGCCGCGAGCUCUUUUCUCUUUCGGACGGCGGCGUCUUGUCUUUGGACUGGGCGACAGGUGCUGCGUCGGUGCCGGCGUCGCCAUCAAUCAAUGCACACAACAAGCCAACCGUCCUCAUCCUGCAUGGUCUUGCCGGUGGCAGCCACGAGAAAUACGUGCGCAGCGGCGUCGUGGCGUUGAUCCAGAACGGCUGGCGCGUCGUCGUCAUGAACGCCCGCGGCUGUGGCAAGACCAAGCUCGCGACGCCCAAGCUCUUCUGCGCCGCGUACACGCAGGAUGUGCGCGAGGUCGUGGCAUACCUCCGGGCAGCGCACGUGCCGACAAGCGUGCUGCUUGGCGUCGGGUACUCGCUCGGGGCCAAUAUCUUGACCAAGUUUGUGGGCGAAGAAAGCGACCGGUGCUUGCUCACGGCGGCGGUCGCGGUCGGAAACCCGUACUGCCUCACGACGUCGAGCCACCACUUGAUGGGCUCGUGGCUCAACCGCCUCACGUACAACAACAUUAUGACCAAGAACCUCAUCGACGUGGUCUUUCGCCAGACGAAUGCCCACGAAGUGUUUCAGGACCAUCCGAUCGUCGACCUCGACCACCUCCGGAGCGCGACGAACCUGCGCGAGUACGACGACCGCUUUACCCGUCUCGUGUUUGGGUACGAGACGGUCAGCGAUUUUUACCGCCAAGGAUCGAGCGUGCACUACAUCAAGCACAUUGCCAUCCCGACGCUCUUUCUCUCGGCGUACGACGACCCGAUUUGCGUCCAGCAAGGCAUUCCGUACGACGACUGCGCCGCGAACCCUAACAUUGUGCUCGCGGUGACCCACGGCGGCGGUCACUUGGGCUUUUAUGAAGGCCCGGACCGUGUACCGUGGUCGCCACAGGUCGUGGCCGAGUAUUGCAACGCCGUGUUUCGCCUCGUCCAGGACGGCGCGGUCCCUGCAGUUCGUCUCGAGCGGAUGAGUUUGUCGGACGACGAGAUGGACGACACGAACCUCGACAUGGAAGUUGUCGGAGACGAUAUUAGCGCCACGGCAUCGUCGACAUCCGAGGUGGCGCUCGCCCGCCAAGUGCCCGCGCGCCAAAAGCUUGUCGAAGACAUGACGGACAUUGUGACGGCGACGCUCGAUGACGCGGUCGACACGGUCCUCGAGCACGCGACCUUGGAUCAUGUGAUCUACGCCGGCGCCGCGGCCUUGGGCAUGUACCUCUUUUGGCGGCGCCAGUAAUUGG